UCGUGUAAAUAAUAGCGGAGGUCUCUUUACAUUCUAAAUAUUAUCUGUACAUGAAAUUUCAUAAUGAUUUGAUGGCCUUUAAGGCGUUAAGAUAAUGAACAAAUAAACUCACAUCUGUAUACUAUGGAUUAUAUUCCACAAAAAACAGUUUUUUUAGUACUGACAGAUUAUGUGAUGUUUAAUAUAAAGUGAUCAAAGUCACCUGGGAGCAUAAAGAAAAAGGUGCAUCUAACAAAAAUGUGCUGGGGGAAGGGAUUGUUGGUAAUAGGGAGUAAUCGCUCAAUUGCUAGUUAAUAUAUCCUAUCAGGUCGACCUCCACGCGGCACCCUCUGGAAACUAUUAUGUCUAUUUCCUGGUCACGAUGAGUCAGCUGACCUUUUUUAUCUUCCCAUAUUAUUUCACACUGGUAUCCAGCCGGCGCAUAUCGAUAGCGCAGGUAGGGCUACUGAAAUAGUAUUUUUAUCCAUCGAACAAAAAAAUAACAAAAAGUGUUGUGUGACACCCCUGCUGUUGCUUACAAUAUAUUUAAGUUUUUAAUAUCUGAUUAGAAGUAACUGCAAUAUUAGUCGGUAUUUUCGCAGAAAAGGCGAUUGUUGCCGCACUCUGCCGCUAUGUACUCGUAUUGUUAAGGCGCCCGUUGCCACAGCAACGUUCGAACAACAUCAAUACAACUUAUAUUCAACAUCACUGUUAUUACGUUUUAGUAACUCUUAUUUACAAGUUUUAUUAAUUCUUAUUAGCUGCAAGUUAAUAUUUUUUGGACUUUUACAAAUUGAAUGCGUUUAUGUUCCUCACGCGGGGCUGUACACGAAGCUGUCACUCAUGGUAUCCAGUCAAUCGUCCAGUAAAAGAUUCGUAAAGUAACAUGGGCUUGCUGGACAAGCUGUCGGUGUGGCUGGGCCGCGGUAAGACAGAGGUGACGGUGCUAGUGCUGGGGCUGGACAACAGCGGCAAGAGCACGCUGCUGAACACGCUGCGGCCGCCCGAACAGCGGCUGCCGCACGUCACGCCCACCGUCGCGCACCAACAGGACCACUUUCAAAGUGGCGGCGUGUCGUUCAGCGCGUGGGACGUGUCCGGGGCGCCGCGGCACCGCGCCCUCUGGGAGCGCCACUACCGCCGCGCGCACGCCCUCAUAUUCGUCGUCGACUCCGCCGACCAUCUCAGGCUAGUGGUGGUCGGCAGUGGUGGCGCGCGAGGAGCUGGCGCUGGUGCUGGCGCACCCGGACGUGUGCGCGCGGCGCGUGCCGCUGCUCGUGUUCGCCAACAAGUGCGACGCGCCGCACGCGCUCGCGCCCACGCAGAUCGCCUCCGCGUUGGGCUUGGAGCGCGUAUCGGACAAGCCGUGGCACAUCUGCGCGUCGAGUGCGCUGUCGGGCGCCGGGCUGCCGGACGGCGUCGCCUGGCUCGCGCGCCAGCUGCGGGACGCGCACCAGCGGCACUGACCGCCGCCGCCGCCGUCACCGUCACCACCGCCACCACCGCCACCACCACCGACAUACUGAGCCACGGACCUCACACGCACUCCCUGAGACACGUUGCAUUCUUUUACUUUACUAAUGACACCCCGAUUUAUAAUUAACUCUGUAAAAACUAAACCAAACUAAUAGAUGUUAUGGAAGCACUACCAGUACCAGUAUAUGGCACGUCUAGUCAUCUUAAAUCAGUGUAGUUUUAUAUCUGUGUGUUUAGGUCUUUUUUUUUUACAACACAGGGGGCAAACGAGCUUGCGGCUCACCUGAUGGUAAGUGACUACCGCCGCCUAUGAUCACCCACAAUACCAGUGGCCUUGCAGGUGUGCUGCCGGCCUUUUAAAAGGGAAUAUGCUCUUUUCUUGAAGGUCGCUAUAGUAAAUAGAUGUUUAUAUAUAGUUGUUGAUUGUUACAUAAAAUAUAUUAUUUUUCUUUGCUGAUUCUCUUUAUCCUUUUUAUUAAUAGACAUAGCCGUACGAUGAUGGCGUAACAAUAUAACAUGCCAUUUUUAUUUAUUUAUUUAAGGAAAAAUGUUAGGUGAAUGUUGAUACGACACGACGAAUUUAUGAAUGUUAUAAUAGAAGGUAAGAUAGAAGGAAGGAGGGGGAGAGGGAGACUGAGACAUAGUUACAUCAGGCAGAUCAAGGAAGGAGUUGGUGUAGUGUCGUAUCAAGAGGUGGAGAGACUCGCUGGAAAUCGUAGUGAGUGGUGAGAGCUCCACCGACAAGAGCGCUGCUCUUACAUAAUAUAGAUAGCAAAAUGUGUUUGUCCUUAGGAAAUUUUCAGUUUUAUUAAUAUUACUAUUUUUAAAUUGUUUUUUCUAUCAGUUACAUCUUACGGGGUUAGUUUUUUUUAGUAGAUGAUAAUGGAAUGGUAAUUCCGCUUGUAUUAACGGUAUACGCUGGCGGAGCACCAUGAGGAUAAAGCAGGUCAGUUAGCCCAUCGUGACGAAUUCAACAAGAAUUGUUCACGAUCGUUUCCAGGGGGAACCACGUGGAGGUCGCGAUAAUAUAAUAUAUACUAAUAGGGUAUAUUGCUAGCAAUGGGGCUGUCAAACUCCAUUGCUAACAAUCCCUUUCCCCCCGUACUAGGUUAGUUAUCAUAAUAUACGACGUAGGAGGAUGUAUAGAUAGAAAUCAGCAGCGUAUCCUUUUAAGGCAGUGUUCUACUAUGUCGGGAGGUAUACUAUGUCGGGAGGUAUAUACUAUGUAUUAAUUUUUGACAUGUUUUUGCACAUUUUUCUUUUGGAAAAAUGUUCAGUUUCUCACGAGCACUCUCCUAAAAAGACGUUAAAAUUUUUCUAUAUAAGUGAAUAUGUUUUUAAAAACAAUAAUACUCGUACUGGUAUACGUAAUUAUAGAGAUAGAAUUAUUAAAAGAAUGAUAUGAAAUAACAAUGAUAUUAUAUUAUUAUUAUAAAAUAGAUGUGUAGCGAGGUUCGCACUGUAAAUAGAAUAUCAUCACUAAUAUUUAUGAUGACGAACAGAGACGAUAGUAUUUAAUGUUUUUUUUUUUUUUAUAGCUGACCCUGUAUUUGGAAAUUGGAAAUUAUACAAGGUUGAAAAAUUACCAUCCGCUGGAGCGAUCCGAUGGGAAUCGAAUUGACAAAUUAAACUUGGCUUAAUUUUUCCACCUAGUAUAUUAUUUUACAGAUAAUAAUGGUUGAUAUUAAAGUUAUUUAUUACAAAGAACAUUGUUGCAUUUUAUUUCAAUAUUCCCUAUUAUACUGUGUACAUUCUGUCGCCGUAGCGUUAGUCGCACAGGGCUUCUAGGCAAGUGGCAAGCGAAUUCGUCGAUGG